AUGCGCUGACAGGCCAGGUCUGCGGCUGGGCGCCGCGCAGGGAAGACCCGGAGCAGCGGAUUUACCUAAGGAAUGGGCCGCGCGGUCUUGCUGCGCAUGCUCUGAAGUAGCGCCCCUGAGCGUUCCGCAAGGCCGGCUCCCCGGCGGGGUCGCGCGCGUGGUCACGGUGUUCGGUCACGGGGCUCGCUCCCGAGGGGCAGGUCGGGGCUGGGAGCUGGCGCCGGGGUCCGGGUGGCGGCGGCGUCCUGGGCCGCGAGGUCGACGCCCGCUGCUGCAGCGGCAGAGGCUGAAGGAUCCGCCGCGGCGCUGUCGCCGGAGAGGGAGGGCCCCGCUGUCGUCGUGCUACUGGCGGGACGUGUGGAAGGAACAAGGCUGAGGUUGGGGCUAGAUUGCGGAGUGUUUAUGACGCCCAGCUGAUGAUGCACUAAGGCUGGAGAUGGAGAUGAUUUAAUUGGGGAGAGACAUGCUGAAAGUUAAGCCUUAGGAAGAGUGACCUGUCAGCACCCUAUGUGGAGAAUUGGAGUGGCUGCUUGCCAAAGCUGGCAAGAUCGUUCCGAGGCUUUGGCUUGGGCUAAAGAGGUCGUGGUGAAACCAGCCCAGAGAAGUUACGGGAUUUGCCCCCGGGUCUCCUGCCCAGCAAGCCAGGGCCGUGACCCAGGUGUGGGGGAUGAUGGUGACGCUUCUCACUCACGUGUGAAGUCUCAUUUUGUUGCCUAGGCUGGAGUGCAUUGGUGUGAUCUUGGCUCACUGCAACUUCCAUCUCCCCGGUAGGUUCCGUCAGUUCUGCCUCAGCCUCCUGAGCAGCUGGGAUUACAAGCAUGCACCACGCCCGACUAAUUUUUUUGUAUUUUUAGUAGAGACAGGGUUUUACCGUGUUGGCCAGGCGGCAAACUGGGAUUACAGGCCUGUGCUACCAAGCCCAGCUAAUUGUUGUAUUUUUAGUAGAGACAGGGUUUCACCAUGUUGGCCAGGCCGGUCUCAAACUCCUGAGCUCCACCUUACUGGCUAACGGCUGGAACCCGUGGUGACCUCAGAAUUCUCCACACACCACCACAGCCCCGUCCCCGACCAGCCGAGGCAGCAACAGCAACAGCUCCGGCACAAGGACGGAACCACUGCACUCCAGGUUCCUUGCUGGGUACUGAGCGUGGCCUGAGGGACAGGCCCUGGGUCCCGGGAUGCCCCUGCCCGAGCCCAGCGAGCAGGAGGGCGAGAGUGUGAAGGCCGGCCAGGAGCCAUCCCCCAAGCCAGGCACGGACGUCAUCCCGGCAGCCCCCAGGAAGCCCAGGGAGUUCUCCAAACUGGUCCUGCUCACAGCCUCCAACCAAGAUGAGGAUGGGGUGGGAUCCAAGCCCCAGGAAGUGCACUGCGUCCUGUCCCUGGAGAUGGCUGGCCCCGCCACCCUCGCCAGCACCUUGCAGAUCCUGCCGGUUGAGGAGCAGGGAGGGGUGGUCCAGCCAGCCCUAGAGAUGCCUGAACAGAAGUGCAGCAAGCUGGAUGCAGCCCCUCAGUCCCUGGAGUUCCUGAGGACACCAUUCGGGGGCCGCCUCCUGGUGCUGGAGUCCUUCCUGUACAAGCAGGAGAAGGCAGUGGGGGACAAGGUGUACUGGAAGUGCCGCCAGCAUGCUGAGCUGGGCUGCCGGGGCCGGGCCAUCACCCGAGGCCUGCGGGCCACAGUGAUGCGGGGCCACUGCCACACGCCCGAUGAGCAAGGCCUGGAGGCCCGGCGCCAGAGGGAGAAACUGCCCAGCCUGGCCCUGCCAGAGGGCUUGGGAGAGCCCCAGGGUCCUGAGGGCCCUGAGGGCCCUGGAGGCCGAGUGGAGGAGCCCCUGGAGGGGGUGGGCCCGUGGCAGUGCCCUGAGGAGCCCGAGCCCACUCCUGGGCUGGUGCUGAGCAAGCCGGCCCUGGAGGAGGAGGCGGCACCCCGAGCCCUGUCACUGCUGAGCCUGCCGCCCAAGAAGCGCUCGAUCCUGGGGCUGGGACAGGCCCGGCCCCUCGAGUUCCUGAGGACGUGCUACGGGGGCAGCUUCCUGGUACACGAGUCGUUCCUCUACAAGCGGGAGAAGGCUGUCGGGGACAAGGUGUAUUGGACCUGCCGGGACCAGGCACUGCAUGGCUGCCGGAGCCGGGCCAUCACCCAGGGACAGCGGGUGACUGUGAUGCGUGGGCACUGCCACCAGCCCGAUGUGGAGGGCCUGGAAGCCCGGCGGCAGCAGGAGAAGGCCGUGGAGACGCUGCAGGCGGGGCAGGACGGCCCUGGGAGCCAAGUGGACACACUGCUCCGAGGCGUGGAUAGUUUGCUCUACCGCAGGGGUCCGGGUCCCCUGACUCUCAGCAGGUCUCGGCCCAGAAAGCGAGCAAAGGUCGAAGACCAGGAGCUGCCAGCCCAGCCCGAGGCCCCAGACGAGCACCAGGACAUGGACGCAGACCCUGGAGGCCCUGAGUUCCUGAAGACGCCCCUGGGGGGCAGCUUCCUGGUGUACGAGUCCUUCCUCUACCGGCGGGAGAAGGCGGCUGGGGAGAAGGUGUAUUGGACCUGCCGGGACCAGGCCCGCAUGGGCUGCCGCAGCCGCGCCAUCACCCAGGGCCGACGGGUGACUGUCAUGCGUGGUCACUGCCACCCGCCCGACCUGGGAGGCCUGGAGGCCCUGAGGCAGCGGGAGAAACGCCCCAACACGGCGCAGCGGGGGAGCCCAGGAGGCCCCGAGUUCCUGAAGACGCCCCUGGGGGGCAGCUUCCUGGUGUACGAGUCCUUCCUCUACCGGCGGGAGAAGGCGGCCGGGGAGAAGGUGUAUUGGACCUGCCGGGACCAGGCCCGCAUGGGCUGCCGCAGCCGCGCCAUCACCCAGGGCCGGCGGGUCAUGGUCAUGCGCAGGCACUGCCACCCACCGGACCUGGGCGGCCUGGAGGCCCUGCGGCAGCGGGAGCACUUCCCCAACCUGGCGCAGUGGGACAGCCCAGAUCCUCUCCGGCCCCUGGAGUUCCUGAGGACUUCCCUGGGGGGCAGGUUCCUGGUGCACGAGUCCUUCCUGUACAGGAAGGAGAAGGCGGCUGGGGAGAAGGUGUACUGGAUGUGCCGGGACCAGGCUCGGCUGGGCUGCCGCAGCCGCGCCAUAACCGAGGGCCACCGCAUCAUGGUCAUGCGCAGCCACUGCCACCAGCCUGACCUGGCAGGCCUGGAGGCCUUGAGGCAACGGGAGCGGCUCCCUACCACGGCCCAGCAGGAGGACCCAGGGACAUCAAAGACGUCAGACUGGAUGGCGAGUCCCAGUGAGGCGAUGUGGGCAGAGGAGCUCUGAGCCGCCCACCCAAGGUGGCUUCACAUCCACACAGGCACUUCCCAUCCACUUAGGUUUGGCUUAGCAGAAACUUCUUUUCAUUCUUCCAAAGCAUCGAUGGUCUUCGCGUCUCCUCAGGAGGUCUCCCAGGAGGAAUUCUUGGAUGGUGUCCUCGUGUCGGCGGAGAACAGUGCUCAGAGCUGGCGCUUGCAGACGCAGCUGUCAUGGGGCAGGGCGGUGGCGCCUUCCUGACCUUUGGAAGACAUGACAAAGCUGCCUGGACACGGACGCCCCUGCUGUACGGCCACAGCACCCCUGGGUUUGCAGAGCACGCAGCCUUCCUAGGGCUUUCCACCUGGCGAGGCCCCGCUCUGCUCAGCACGGUGCAAAGUGAAUGCCGCUGUCUUGGAGCCUGGGCACGUUUGGGGAAGUUCCUGCUUCAAACUGAGCUGCCCCGCAUAGGCCAGGUCAACCCACACCAAUCUUUUCUGGACAGCUGCUGGGUAGGCCUUCCUGGUCUCUGGCCGCCUGCUGCCAGGGUGUGGCCAUCCCCAGCAACCGGAGCCGGCCAAACCAGAGGCCUCGCUCUGCGCUCCACACUUUGCUUUCUGUGCUCCUUCCAAGUUAAAUUAAACCCCCUCUCCACGAUUCCCACGGCAGGCGUCAUUCCCCGAGACGGGAGCCAGUCCAGGGGUCAGCAGGAGCCAGCGCUGGGCACACGUGCCCUGGCUGAGGCCAGCGGCAUCCUGGGUGGCCCAGGUCCAUCCUGGGCAGCAAAGGCGUGUCCCCUUCUGUCAGACAGCUUCACAGAGUGUGGCUUCACCAGUCAGAGGGAGCAGUCCGGAGAGGCAAGAUGACCCCACCGGGACUGCAGAGCCUCCUGCUUACUAAUAAGGACCUGUCCGCAGCCGCGAGGUCCUUCACUCCCACCCUGUAAUUGUGGGGAGAGUGCCAGCAACAGGCCUGUCCCCUGGCAAGUUGGCCACGGAACCCACCAUGCACUGCAAGGCUGUGACAGCCUGGGCACCCCUGCUUCUCCUCUGCUUGUAUGGUUCCCCCAAUAAAUCCUAUUUUCCAUCUCA